AUGGCAACUUCCCGUCCAUCGUUCCACCGUACUGCGCCGUCACUCAAAUGCCGAAGAUGCGGCGAAGGCUUCACAGAUGAAACUGCGAAGGAGCUGCCCUGUGGUCACUGUAUCUGCGUGCGAUGCGCGUCUGAGCUGGAGACUGCAACACAGGCUUCGCAGAAAUGUCCAGUGCUGGACUGUCCCAGCCAGAAGGCCACGUUCAAAGAUCGAAUCAGGGUGGGAGAUUUGCCGGUGAGACCCGUGGCCGCAUUGAACAGGUUUUCUGUGGUAACUCCACCGCUUUAUGUGCAAGCAUUCCAACAAGAAAGACCUUCUUCAGUCGCGUCAACUAAUUCGGGCGCCUCUGGCGUUUCAUCUUCGACCACUACAUCUUCAACCUCCUCAAUUUUCUCUCAUUCCGAGUUUCACUCGGUGAACUAUUGCUUCAAUCAUCCCAAUUUCACUCGGCGUUACUACUGUGAAACGUGCAGACAGUUUCUCUGCGAAGACUGCUGGGCGGAAGAGCAUCGCGAUAAAACAAAACACUCUGUUUCUCUAAUGAAAGUUAUUUUGGAACCCCAAAAAGAAGUGCAAACGAGGUUAGCGGAGUAUAAAACUGAGUGCCAGAGCAUGACCAGACUAUGUGAAGGUGGUUGGACCUCAGUUUUAAGACAAGUAUUUGUCGCAGAAAAGAAGCAGUCUAACGUUAUGAAAUCCAAAUCAGCCAACGAACUGGAAACUAAGUCGGAAGAAUUGAGGGAAUUUUUGCGCGCUCACUUGAAUGACAUGAAAGAUUUCAAGUCGAAGAUUUUGGCCAAGUUUGAUGCGCUCGAAGCGAAGUGGGGGGUCAUUUUCGGUGACUGUGUCGGAGGCGGGGGUGGAAGCAUCUCUGCGGGUAGCAGCUCCUCUACAAUUGGAGAUGACGCUCACAGUUCAAAUGAAUCGGAACAGGAUGCAUUAAUAGGUGGAAGGGAAGAAAUUGGUGUAUCAAGUGGAGCGGUUGGAGGCGAGAGUGUUUCAUCUGUUAGUGGGAAGAAAGAAGUUGUUGCGAGAAAGAGAAGGACUCUAGUGGGAGUGCAAAAGAAGGCAGUGGGAGAUGAUGUGGUUCCGUGUUUGCAGGCGGUUUGUAACACAGAGACAAAAGAAGUGGUAUGUCUUAGAUGGACUGAUUAUGAGAUUUUAAUUAGAGUAGAUGUGUGGAUCAGCUGAAUCAAGUGGACUGGUUAAACAAAAAAGGACGAUGGACUGGACUGCACUGAGAGGAAACGGAGAUGAACUGUGUAUGAUAGCAAUGGACAGUAACAACGUGUUGUACGGAAGGAUAGUGAGGAAUAGUGAUUGAGUAGAAAGAGUGGAGAUAUUGGAUCAGAAUACACUUGAGAAGAAAGGACUACUAGAUACAGACGGAAUUGAAAACGGAAGAAGCACUAGCUGGAUGGUAAGUGCUUCAGGUCUUACUGUGGUAGUAGCUGUAAUUGAUCGCAGUACACCAGACUGGAAAUGGACAAGUGCGACUGUGUUUAUUAACAAACAACGACAGCGCACUGUCUCACUUGAUAUUGCAGCGGACGGAGCAUUGCCCACUAGCAGUUGUAUAUUGGCGAACGAGACAACAUUGCUGCUCUAUUGUGGUCACAAUACCAACAGAGUGGCAGUUGUCUCACUUCCACCAACACCAACACCAUCAGAUACAGCAAGUGGCUCCAAAUCAAAAACAACAACAAAAGCAGCAUUAAUAAAAACAAACAUAACAGAUAAAAGCACGCCAACAACGUCAACAACAUCAACAUUAAAGCCAAUCUCUGUGAUCUAUAUAAAUUUGUCUGAAGUAGAGGACGUUUUUUCUCUAGUCUGGAUGCCAUCAGACGGAGUCCAUUCACAAGCCCAGUUGUUAACUGGACACCUUUGGGUGGCAGAUAUUGACAAUGGGACAUCCCGUGUAUAUGAACUCGAUAUUAAGAAAGAUGUGUCCCAGUCGGAACCACAAGAGGAAAUUACGCUUUACUCAAAGACCAAUAUUGCACCCUUAGAAUAUACAAUUUUACUUUGUAACCUUGAUCAAACUACAAUUUUUGGAGAAAAUUGUGAAACUGGUGAACUUAAACCGUGUCUGUUCCAUUUAGACUACCAACCAGCUCAAUAGUUUGACACUAAUUCGACCAUUCUGUUCAAUGAUCAAGGCUUCCCCGCACUGACAAAAAUGGAUUAGGAUCGAUUUUAGUAUG